AUGGAAGCAGAGGUGCGGCAGCUCCAUGUUAUGAUGGUUCCUUGGCUUUCAAAAAGCCACAUCAGAGCCUUCUUAGAGCUGGCCAAGAAAUUGCGUGCUCAAGUCCCAGAUCUGACAGUUCCCCCGCCUGGUUUCCGCUCCGCACGGAAGCACCUGGAUAUAUUCCAAAAGGACGAGGGGCAAGUUAAUAUGGCAGAGCCGUGGAGUAUGUGCUUUAAGGCUAGCUGGGCGAUAGCCUUCAAAUCGUGCGUAGAAUUAGAUGGCAAAUACUUGGAAUAUAUAGAGAGAACAACCGGCAGGCCCGUGCUUCCCGUGGGGAUUCAGAUGCCCGAUCUAAUGCCGCCACCGGCAAUUGACCGUUGCUUGGCCUGGCUGGAUGUGCAGAAGCCCUGUUCGGUGGUGGUAGCCUCCUUUGGCAGCGAAUGUAUUCUCACCCAGCAGGAGCUCACUGUCUUGGCUCUGGGCUUAGAAGAAAGUGAGCUUCCUUUUCUCUUUGUUCUUCUCCACCAGAUGGCUGUUGCGUUGCCCCACGGUUUUGUAAAGCGCACGCAAAGAAGAGGACUUCUGGUGACGGAGUGGGCGCCUCAGUUGCACAUUUUGGCCCAUUCUUCUGCAGGAGCGCUCCUCAAUAAUUGCGGUUGGAUCUCAGUGUCCGGAGGAUUGAGGUUUGAGGUGCCGUUUGUUACUCUUGCACUGCAGUACGAACAGAGCUUGAAUGCUAAGCUCAUAGCCCAGGAACUCGAGUUGGGGGUGGAAGUCAGGAGAAAUGAGGAGGACGAUUCUUUUUCCUGUAAAGUUGUUCGCACAUUAAUGGAGGAAGAGGAAGGUAGACAGAUCAGAUCUCGCGUUCAUGAGAUUAGUAGAGACUUGAUCAGGAACGAUAGCCAAGUCUAUCGGGCAAGCAUCCACAAUUUCGUUUCUCUAAUCAAACAAAAGGCGUCCUGCAAAUAG